AACUAUUGCCGCCAUCUUUCGUCGUCUGUUCGAAAACUUUGAAGCAUUGCCAUAAUGACAAGGCACGCGAAAAAUUGUACCGCAGGGACAGUUUAUUCCUAUCACGAACGAAAGAAGGAUACUCAGAAGUCCGGAUAUGGCAGUAAAGCUGUGCGAUUGGGUAAAGAUUCAGUAAAAAGUUUCGACUGUUGCUCGUUGACUCUUCAGCCUUGCCGAGAACCAGUCGUCACUCCAGACGGCUUCUUAUACGACAGAGAAGCUAUAUUAGAAUGUCUUCUUCAUCAGAAAACCGAAGCUGCGAGGAAAAUGAAAGCUUUCGAGAAACAAAAGAAGAAGCAAGAGGCUAAAGAGCUCGGGAAAAUAGAGGAGAAGGAGCGAUCGAAGGUGGAAUCAUUUGUGAACAUGGAAAAACGACUCACUACAAAAACAACCUCUGCAUUCACUGUGACAAAGGAAAAAAGUGCUGCUGGACCUUCUACUGUGGUGGAUGAUCAAACACCGUCAACAUCAAGUGGUAAGCGGAAAUGAUUAUGUCCUGAUUUACACGGUGCAGGUCUCUCAACCACACCAAAAUAUCUACAGACUGUAUUGCAUAAAUCAAACCUACAAACUGUAAGCAGAAGGCAGUUUUCAUUAAUAGAGUACAGUCUUCGUUUUACCAUAUUAAAAUGGUAUUGUAGAUUUAUGGCUGCCUCAUCGGGGUUGGGAACCUUACUUUACCCAAAAUUGGUUUCUCUGUGCACAAGAGAGGAGCUCUGUGCAGGGNAUCAUUUGUGAACAUGGAAAAACGACUCACUACAAAAACAACCUCUGCAUUCACUGUGACAAAGGAAAAAAGUGCUGCUGGACCUUCUACUGUGGUGGAUGAUCAAACACCGUCAACAUCAAGUGGUAAGCGGAAAUGAUUAUGUCCUGAUUUACACGGUGCAGGUCUCUCAACCACACCAAAAUAUCUACAGACUGUAUUGCAUAAAUCAAACCUACAAACUGUAAGCAGAAGGCAGUUUUCAUUAAUAGAGUACAGUCUUCGUUUUACCAUAUUAAAAUGGUAUUGUAGAUUUAUGGCUGCCUCAUCGGGGUUGGGAACCUUACUUUACCCAAAAUUGGUUUCUCUGUGCACAAGAGAGGAGCUCUGUGCAGGGUUUUCGGUAGCAUGUGGAAGUACUGGAUACAGAGGUUCAGCUGGUGGACUCACACUGUUCGUGCUGUAGGAGUGAAUGUUGAGUGCUUUGGGCAUUCUCCCUUGUGAAAUUAUUAAAAUUGGAGUCUCUAAAAUACAAUUUCCUAUAUUGGCUGGACCAGAAUUGGUUAACCAGGAAGGUCUUUCAAAGCAUUAAAAAAUGCUCACAAAAAUGAAAUAUUUAAAUUUGGCAAUAAUAUUUAUCGUUUUGCAGUUUUUCGUUUUUUACUUGACUCCAAAACAAAUUCCAAUCAGGAAGAGAGUACAAAUUCCUGAUGACAGAUGGCUUAUGGAUAGUAAUUUUGAAUGCCCAGUUCAGUUGUUGCAUUGACUCAUCAGAAAAAUCAGUUUACUGAAGCUCUGUGAGUGAAAAUCUUGGUGCUGCUUCUGGGCUGCUUUCAGGCUUUGAUGAUGCUCGGAUGCAGUUCUGAUUGUAACGCGUUCUUCAGUGUAAAGAAAUAUGUAUGCUCAAUUUUGAGCAUGUGUCUUUGGUCCACAAGGCAAACUAGCGGGUCCAUCAGUAACUGUGUCUGCCAGUUAAAUCUGUUUACAUGUGCAUGUAUUCACCUUUAAUGCAAUGCAUUGUUAUAAGUCAACCUGAACUAUUGGUUCUUGACAGAAGGUGAGGUGUUGUGGGUAGAGUGAUUUACAGUGUAUGCAUGAUAUGGAAAGGCAUGAAGAGGGUAACAAGAGUAGGGUGUUACUUUAAACACCCCACUCAGAACAUAAAGAGAACUUGAUUUCCAGCACUUCCUUUGGGCAAGCAGGUCUUGUGUUUUGCUUGCCCAGGCCAACUAAUUGUUUGUGUUAGUUAAUAAUUUGGCUGAAGGAUGACUUGACUGGAUCUGGCCUUACUCACAAGUCAAGCAAGUUAGCCUGCGAAAACAUCCAUUUCUCCUUGCUCUUUGCCACUGGGGACGUUUGAAGAGGAGGAACGUCUGCCACUCAGCGGCAGAAAUACCAUACUGAUGAUGCAAAUCAAUGUUUACAUAAUAAAUCCAGUAGUCAUAGGGUUCCAAAUACAAAUUUGUCUAAUUUUUCGUGUCUUCUGGUCAAUUUUGGUAAAGUGUUGGUUCAUCUGCCAACGAGCUCCAGCAAAACUCAAACGCUUCUUCUAGAGAAGAGUUUAUUCCACAAUUAUUGACUGUUUUGCUCGAGAUUCUUGGCGUUUACAUUUGACCGUUGUGGCCUUUUGUCUGUCAUUCGUAAACAAUAGCUAAAACAAUGUAACUUCUCCGUCGACCAAUCAGCGCUUCUGACCGGAUUCCGGACAGAUUUUACGUCAUCAGUAUGGAAUUUCUGUCGCUGAGUUGCAGACAU